UGGAGUGUGUUAGGAUUCAAACUUGGGAAUGGAGAAUAAAGGGAAGGUAUUGAUGCAAAAGUGUGAAUUUGGGAGAUUGUUAGGGCAAGGAAACUUUGCAAAAGUUUACUAUGCAAGGAAUAUUGAAACCAACCAGAGUGUGGCGAUUAAGGUUAUUGACAAGCAGAAGGUUUUGAAUGUAGGGAUGAUUGAUCAAACCAAGAGGGAGAUAUCUGUUAUGAGCCUGGUUAAACACCCUAAUAUCUUGGAGUUUUAUGAGGUCAUGGCUAGCAAAAGCAAGAUUUACUGUGUUAUGGAAUAUGCCAAAGGUGGUGAACUCUUCAAGAAGGUGUCAAAAGGAAAGCUGAGAGAAGGCAUGGCAAGGAAGUAUUUUCAACAACUGAUCAGUGCUGUCGACUUUUGCCACAGCAGAGGUGUUUAUCAUCGGGAUUUGAAGCCGGAAAACUUGCUCCUGGAUGAAAAUGGAAUUCUCAAAGCAUCGGAUUUUGGUUUGAGUGCCCUUACUGAGUGUAAACAUCAAGAUGGGAUGUUAGACCAGCUCUCAAGGAUAUUGUAUGAGCUUGGCAAGGUGAGCCGUUGCGACGACAACAACAGCUGCACUCAUCCUAACUGUCUUAGUACUGAAGUGUCUCAAGCUUAUUUGUCGAAAGAUGUGAGAAGAAUUCUAAGAGGAGAUGGAUUUUUAAUGGGCAAAUUUGUAUGGUUACAAAUAUGUGAAACAUCUCGUAGGAGUAUUGGGACUUUACGUCUUAUAGAUGUGUAUGUUUAUUUGCUCUCGGCUUUGCGGUUAAUGUCUGAAAAAGAAUAUGGCUCCAAAACAUCCAGCUAUGCUGCUCUUCUGUUUCAAUCUCCAAAACGAUCUGAUUUAUAUGAUUAA